CUUUUAAAUACCUGGGGCGAGAGGAGAGGGCGAGCUUUUAACAAUAAAUAAAUAGUGGUUUCGUGUCAGCGUUACCCCUCUCUUUCUCUCUUCCUCGCUUCCGCUUUCUUUGGUGGCGUGACCGCCAAACUCCUGUGUCCCCCCUCCCUCAAAGCCUAAUAUAAGCGUCGGACUAAGAGGGGAUUACAUCUCGGAUUUGUUCUCGAGGGCGAGAGAAAUUGGGAAUCGCGUUUCUUGAUCGGUUGAUACCGAUCCGACGCAUAAUGUUUAGGAUGUGUGCUGAGAAGGUGGCUGGAUUUCUGAUGACUCAAUUGUCUUUGCAUCAAUGUGGUAGCUCUAAUGUGUGCCAACUAUCACUGGCUGGCUUGGCAUAGCAAGCUCAUCGUGCUUUUUCUGGAAUUUCUGCAUGUGGUUUGGAGCAAUUUGCUUUCAUCUAAUAUUCUUGGCAGAGGCAUCCACCAACACUUUUGAUAUGUCCCUCUUGAUGAUCAUUAACCGUGCUGUAUGAUGAUAGAAAGAGACUAAGUAGAGGUGAAAGGAGCGGAAGGUUGUCCUUUUCAAUACCGUGUGCUACUGGUGUUUGAGUACCAUGAAUAAGUUACUCUUAUGACAACCACAUCUCAGUUGGGCAGUGACAUCUCUUAAUUAUUUAAGGUCUUAUGAAAUAAUCGGUUAGAGCUUCAGUUUACUUGCCAAGAUUUCCAUUCUUGGUCACUUCUAGUAUUUCAAUGAUGUCUAAGGACAUGUUGCGCGAUACUCAGCUUCACCAAACGACCAAGAAAUCAUGUGCUUCAAAUCAUGAACUAGGGGAGAACCUGUGAUAAGGAUGUUCCAAAUGGUGUAAUUUCAUGGAUUCUAUUUUUUUCUCCAAAGGCAGUAUCAAAUAAAAGUUGAGAACUCAGAAGGGUAUAUGCAUUUCUAAUCAUGAAUUGGUAUUCCUUGAAGAUGCAAUGAACAGUUCUACACUGCAUAGUUGGAAUGUGCUUCUGGAUGGAAGAAUUGGCAAAAAAUGCGACUUUCAUAUGCUAUCCUGAUCCAAGGCAAUGUCUUCUAUGGGGCAUAGGCACUUGAUUAAUCAAUCCCAAAUGUCUGAAAUGGAUCCUGACCAAAUCUGGAAUCAUCCAUGCCCAGAUCCUCGCCUGAACUUGGAAAAUGGUUCUUUCGUGCUUUCUUCAGAGAAUGUAGCAGUCAAUGAUGUGAAUUCAAUGAACAACUUUAACAUCACUCACGGAUCAAAUGGCCCUCCAUUGUCUACUUUCACUUCAGAGAUUCCAAAUUACAUGGCAAUUGGAACCUCACAUGAUCUCAGCCUGCGUGCUCCAUCUGCUGCCAGCUCUAGUCAGCGUCCCCUGAGUUAUGUCCAGCAAGGACCUCCUUUCUACAAUCAACAUGCAACUGGGGAUGUGGGCUGCAUGGUUAAUCCUCAUAUGGACCAUGGAAGAGCAUCAUAUAAAAGAAAGAUCCCAGAACUCUCAAUAGUUUCUGACAGAGGAAACGCCAGCAGAUAUUAUGGUGCUGGUAGUGCUUCCAGUCUUCCCUUUACAAAUGAGCUAAUACAGCCAAAGCCUUUAUCAGGUCCUCAUUGUUGGCCUUGGGAUCCUGUUAGCAUGGUCCCCAGUUACAGCAGUAAUGUCUUAUCUUCUGGAGAAGGAUCUCAGAGAAAUGUCCGAGCCCGACAUAAUCAUGCCUUUCAUGUGGAAACAGUCCCAAUUGGGGUCCAUGCAUCUAACAAUCUACCUCAACAUUUUCAUUCAGCAGCAGAUACUUCUGGUCUGGGUGUAGUAGGGCAAUGGAGCCAAAAUUCUGUGCCUAUGGAUCCCCAAAGAGUGGCUCUAUCUUCAGAUGUUGGCUCCUUCAAUCAUCAGAUGAAUCAGUCCCUUGCGGGAAGCAGUGGCACCAAUAACAGUAUAGAGAUUGAUGGGGGGUGCCACUCCAAUCUCAUUGCAAGUAGAAAUUCAAGUACUGCUCUAGCAAGUAUUCAGGGUCCUCCCACAGGGGGCCUAGGGCUGGCUCGUAGUAACUAUGGUCAAAGAACUUCUUAUAGGGCCAUUUCGAGCUACCCAUCUGUGGGUUUUACGGUCACUUCUGAAGAUGGCAGGCAGCCGGGAAUGGAAACUGUUAUGCCUCCCGGACAGCCAAGGCCACUGACUACUAUUGGGCGUCAUGGUGAGAGGAAUGGGAGGGCAAGGAAUUUCUAUGAUAGAUUCCAGUCAUUUUCAGAUGAAGACAAUAAUGGCAGGAGACGGGUUUCUGAGGGGGUUGCUAUAAUGGACCGGCCAACCUUCUAUGAUUCUAGGAAUUUCUUUGAUCAGCACCAUGACAUGAGACUAGACAUUGAUAACAUGAGUUAUGAGGAGCUGCUUGCACUGGGAGACAGAAUUGGAAUUGUUAGCACAGGCUUGUCUGAAGAUGCCAUCUCAAGAUGUUUGAUGGAGAUAUUGUACUGCUCUUCCAAACAGGAUCAGGAUGAUGAGGAAGAAUUAAAGUGUGCAAUAUGCUUGGAAGAGUAUAGAGGUGGAGAAAGUCUUGGGAGACUGAACUGUGGACAUGAUUUUCAUGCCAGCUGCAUUAAGCAAUGGUUGCUGAUAAAGAAUGUCUGCCCAAUCUGCAAAGCCUCAGCCUUGGAAGAUACUAUAAAGGAAAAAUAAAUUGUUUCUCAAUAAUUAUGAUGUUUUAGAUAGGUCUAAUAAACCUGUUCAUUUGUAAAUAGGCUUUCAUGAUUCAAAAUAAAGAAUUUCUUCAGUGCAAUGCUCGCCAUUUCAGGUUUUGCUCGUCUAUGAUGUUAGGGAUACGGGGUCUAGCACGCUGUGGCUUGAUCAUUGUAGUAGUACAUUACUGAAAAACAACGUUCCUCAGCUUCCAAAAAAAAGGAAAAAAAGAGAAAAAAAAACAGCAACAAUAACAAUAAAGGCUAGAUGUUGUUUUCAUGGUUU